AUGAUAUACGCAGGAGUCAUAACAGACACCAGCAACUCCAACAAAGAACUCAACACCACCUACAUAGGCGACGCCGAGCUCGUCCAAAUUGCGAAAACAACCCUCUUCGCCACCAAAAGACUCAAGGAAAGGAUGACUAAAAGGGACAAAAAGGCAACACCGCUCAUCAUCAAAUAUGAACCACAGAAGUCCGACCUUAUCUUCUUCAAACCUACAACAUCGAACACCCCCACACCAAGACACUCAGUCACAAUCGCAAAUGAGGAAAUCUACCCCAAAGACAGACUCAAAUACGUCCGAAUCUGGCUUGACUCAAACCUCUUUUUCCGACCACACAUCGAAGAAACCAUCGCCAAAGGCCUCCGUAUACUAGGGCAAAUCAGGAACAUAGCAUACCUCCCUGGAACAACAGUAAAAUCCACACACCAUCUUGUCAUCCAAGGCCUUCUCCCCACAAUCCUAUGGGGAUUGGAAGCGUGGUAUACAGGAGCAGACCAUGCUCUCAGAUCACUCUCUGUAACUGGGACAGUCUAUACACGUAUCGCUAGAAUCCGAUAG